UGCCAAGUUCGAGUUCCUCUGCAAGAUGAGCGCGAACGCUUCCACCGGUGUCCUCGACCCGUGCAUAUUGAGGAUAUCCGUCAGAAAGGAAUUGAAGGGAGGCAGGUCCUUCCAGAAGCUUGGCUUCACUGACCUGAACCUCGCCGAGUUCGCCGGAGCUGGACUCUGCAGAACGAGGUACCUUCUGGAGGGCUACGACGCGAGACACCGGCAGGACAACUCCAUGCUACGGGUCGCCAUCAAGAUGAACAUGCGGUCCGGGGACAUAUUGUUUAAAGUACCGUCGCCGUCGCUGAAGCAAACGCAACUGGCUGUACCCGGCGUGCCGGGUGUUCCUGGACUGACCGCGGACGAAGUGACUGUGACGGAGAGGUGUACCAACCGGGAGGACUAUGUCUCAAGCGGGUCGUUGGCCGGUAGUAUAGCCAGUGCGAGCAGCGGUUUCGGCAGUCUUCCUAAAAAAAGGCCCGCCCUCUUUUCCUCGGAGCUUCUCAGCGGGGCGGAGUCGUACGAUCCCAUGACACUCAGCGAGAUCGUACCGUCGGCUAUUCCGGUCGAGACACUCGCUGAAGCGCACACGGAGUCCGGUCAUUCUCGUAACAGCAGCAACACCAGCCAGCUGAGCAAAGGAUCGGGAUACGGGUCCCUGAAUUCGCACAGUCAGCACAGUAGGCAGAGCAGUAGUGGUGACAGUGGCCACAUUAGAAAUCCAUCCGGAGGCUCGGGUCUCAGCGAGACGGGUUCGUUGGACAGAGCGAAGGCGGCCCUGGAACGCAGGAAAAAGGCAGAGGACGGGACGGGGAAUCCAAUCCUGUGCAGGGUCGAGGUGACCAGGCCGAACCCGGACUCCCUGAUCGACGAGCUAAUCAAAGCAACGAAUCUGGAACAAACGGAUCUCGAGAGCUCCGAGACGACUGGGCUACAAUUGUUCAUCGCGAAGGACGGGACAACCGCGCUGGGCAGCCACGAGGUGAAGAGCCAGAUGCCCGCCGGUGUGUUCAAGCAGGUCGUGAUGGAGGAGAAUAAUAGGUAACACGAAGCCAACACGACGAGGAGGCAGUACGCAAGACAGGCCAGCGCCACGUUCUCGUUGGCCCUGGUGCCAGAGCUCGCCUACGAGGCCUGCGAGCCUCGGUAGUCUCACGUGGACAGAUACCGUCGCGGUACCGGACGAGGGAAUCGUCGGAGGACACACACCGAGGGAGGGGAAUAAAAAAUUCGCGAUCAUGAGGAUCUUCUCGAGCUCUCUUUCUAUUUCUCUCUAUAGUUCUCCCGAAAAAUUGAUCCCUUCCGUUUGCACAUACACAGGACACAUACUCGCUGUCCCGUUGGGGGGCGGUGUUUCGAUGCUUGAACGGUUAGGGGAUCAUCGACUUAUCAGCGAUCGAGCUCAAAUUUUUCCUGUAUGUAUGUAUAAUUUGUUUUUUUUUCCCCAACCACGGCCCAUUUCGCUGUUUCUCGGUGUAUACAGAGAAAUCGAGAGAAUUCUCGAGAGAUUCCCCGGUCGACUCCGUCAUUGUUUCGUCGGAUACGGUGACAAACGAAUUCCGUGUGAACAUUGGAACUGAUACGCCUCGGAGGGAGGUUAUGAGCAAGUGUUAAGGGUCCACAGACGAUUCGAUUUAUCGUACUAAUUAUUCGACGUAAGUUGCUUCGACCGUUUGACGGACAGAUGGAACGUUUCUAGAACGGUUGUACGCGACGCGAUCAUAUCGUACAUGUUAAAAAUCCGUCGAUUUGUAACAACUGUCUGCGACACUUGAAGUACGAUAAAUCGCAUUGUCUGUGUGGACCGUGUUACGGGGCGCAGCUCUGCGCGAACAACCGUGACCUCGGGGUCGCGCGUUCGUUAAUCAGUACACUAGGUUAAGACAAGCACGCGCGUGUAUUUUCUUCCGUGGAAAGAAGUCGAGGCACAACGAUGAUUGUCUCAGGCGAGCGAGCGAAAAGCGUGUUCGUACGAUCGAGUCCCCAGAGGCUAGGUUUUUAGUGUCGUGUCGCGAUCGCGCCGCCGCCGCGUAGUCUGUACACACAAAGAGCGGGAGAACGAGAGAGAGAGAGAGAGAGAGAGAGGAAGAAAAAAAAAUCGGAAGAAUGUAUCCACGAACGUGGACUAGGAUUUACAUUGUAAAUGUUUAAACAAUCGUCGAACAGUGCCCGUCCGCCCGCCUGUCGAUGCUUAACUAUAUUUCGUCUGCCUGUGUUCACUAACGGGUUCCUUUGUCGCGUCCGCCGGAACGAUUGAUCACGACAGUCACCUAUAGAUAGGUGGUGGACUUUCGAAACUCUGUGAAAAGAUCCUUGGACGCCUCGAACGAAAAAUCGAGGCUGCGAUACUGUGUUACGACCACGACUUCUCGUGCGAAGGCGUCGAGAGAGAGAGA